AUGGAUCCCACAGCAUCUGUAAGAGAAUCAACUGCGCGGGUUAUGCAGCGCGCAAAGUUUGUGAGAAUUGACCGAGCAGCUAUUGAACGCUUCAGUACGAAGCUGGAAAUGAAAUUGAAUGGAAAUGAGCUUGAUGUGGUUACUUGGGACAGCGGAAACUGUCAUUACUUUGAAGAUAAUAAGGAGAAUGGACCACUGACCUGUCAAUAUGUUUUUGUGCUGGAUGCCCUCAACUUUUGCUUCUGGCCUACGAAAGAUAUGGAGUAUGAACACUUAGCUCGAGGAUUAAAAGCGGCGUUGCUGCGUGAUCCACAUGCACUAGAUGCCGAAAAUUUGGCAAAUGUGACGAAGGAGACGGUGGCAUCUUGGUUUUCUCCAUACACGCCACCUCAGUUGGAUGAACGUCAGCGUAAGGUUCAAGAAGUGGGUGUGGUUUUGCUUAAACACUUUGAUGGAAAAGCGCUGAAUUUAAUCAAAAGCGCUCGUUGUUCCGCCGUUGAGGCCAUUCGUCUUGUACUCGCGUACUUUUCAGGCUUUCAAGACCACGCUUUAUACAAGGGUGAGCAAGUACACUUUUAUAAACGUGCGCAGAUUUUAGUUGGGGAUGUCUGGGCUGCUUAUGGGCGUCGUACGUCCGGAAUUACCUCUUUUCAUGAUAUCGGAAAGCUGACAAUGUUUGCUGAUUACCGGGUGCCUCAAGUUCUUCGCUCUGAUUGUGUCAUUCAUUAUUCGCCGGAACUUGCUCAAAUUGUUGACGGUAAAGUCGAAAUUCCUUCUGGAAGUGAGAUGGAGGUAGAGAUCCGUGCUGCGACCAUUCAGGCGGUCGAGCAGAUUCAUCAACAACUAAUCAGCAAAGGCUAUUGUCUUCAUAUCAUUGAGCUCGAUUGGCUGCUAUGGCAAAUUGGUGAAAAGAACAAGAAGGACUUGCUGCCGCACCAUCGCACAUGGAGUAUAUACUAUUGA